UGCAAGAACUUCGGGUGCAACAAGAAGUACUGCGAGCGCACGAACUUCGACGGCGAGUGCCGCCACCACACGAAGCCGCCCGUGUUCCACGAAACCGCAAAGUACUGGUCCUGCUGCCCCCACAAGAAGGCCUACGACUGGGAGUCCUUCAUGGAGAUCAAGGGCUGCGCCCACGGCAAGCACUCCGACAUCAAGCCG